UAAGGCAGUGCUUCGGCUUCGUAGACACCAGGACCGGCAGGGCAGCUGAGAAGCGGGCCCAGCGCAAAGCGGCUGCGGGUCGCGGCGAGGCAGCCGCUGCCUGUUUCUGAAUCCCAUUCCGGUAGCACUCGUUUCCCACAAGGGAGGCAGAGGCGGACCCGCGGGGAGGAGGUAAGCUCAGGGACCCAGAGCCGGGCGACCCGCAGGUCCCGGCGGAAAGUUGGCAGCCACCGCCCCACUCGCCCGCCUUCCUCCUGGACUCUCCACCCCUCUCCGGGCCACACGGCGGAGGCGGGGGGUUGGGGGAACUGGCCUCGUGUUUUGGAACAGCUGCAGCCGGCGUUGGGCCCGCCUGGAAUGCGGGAACAGGCUGCACACCAGGACUUUUAUGGAAACUUGCUGCUGGAGCCGGCGGCGGCCAGAGGGCUCGUAGCGGCUGGAGCGGCGGCGGCCGGAACGCCAGGACUCCUGACCACACCCCGGUGCCCAGAGCCUGCCAGCGCGCACCCCGGACCUUCGCGUGUCGCCGGCUCGAGGUGCAAAAAAUUACAAAGCUUCAUAAUCACCCCAAGACCACAUAGAGCAAACAUGAAUGAUAUUUCCCAAAAGGCUGAGAUUAAAGAAAUGCUUGCUUCUGAUGAUGAGGAAGAUGUAUCUUCUAAAGUAGAAAAGGCUUAUGUCCCAAAGCUAACAGGAACUGUUAAAGGUAAAUUUGCUGAAAUGGAGAAACAAAGACAAGAGGAACAAAGGAAGAGAACAGAAGAGGAACGAAAACGCAGAAUUGAGCAGGAUAUGUUAGAAAAGAGGAAGAUACAACGUGAAUUAGCAAAAAGGGCUGAGCAGAUUGAGGACAUAAACAAUACGGGAACUGAAUCAGCAUCAGAGGAAGGAGAUGAUUCACUGCUUGUAACAGUGGUACCUGUCAAAUCACACAAAACAUCUGGAAAAAUAAAAAAGAAUUUCGAAGAUCUAGAAAAAGAACAAGAAGAAAAGGAAAGGGUCAAGUAUGAAGAAGAUAAAAGAAUAAGAUAUGAAGAACAACGUCGAUCUCUCAAGGAAGCAAAGUGUCUUUCAUUGGUCAUGGACGAUGAACUGGAAAGUGAGGCAAAAAAAGAGUCACUUUCUCCUGGAAAAUUGAAACUGACUUUUGAAGAAUUGGAAAGGCAAAGACAAGAAAACCGAAGGAAGCAAGCUGAGGAGGAAGCAAGAAAACGUUUAGAAGAAGAGAGGCGUGCUUUUGAAGAAGCAAGGCGGCAAAUGGUAAAUGAAGAGGAGGAAAACCAAGACACAGAAAACAUUUUUAAAGGGUACCGCCCUGGUAAACUCAAACUCAGUUUUGAAGAAAUAGAAAGACAAAGGAGAGAAGAUGAAAAAAGGAAAGCAGAAGAAGAAGCCAGAAGAAGAAUAGAGGAAGAAAAGAAGGCAUUUGCUGAAGCAAGGAGAAGCAUGGUAGUAGAUGAUGACUCCCCAGAGAUGUAUAAAACAAUCUCUCAAGAAUCUCUUACACCGGGAAAACUAGAAAUUAAUUUUGAAGAAUUAUUAAAACAAAAAAUGGAAGAAGAAAGACGACGAACAGAGGAGGAACGGAAGCAUAAGCUAGAGAUGGAAAAACAGGAAUUUGAACAACUGAGACAAGAAAUGGGAGAGGAAGAAGAAGAAAAUGAAACCUUUGAACUGAGCAGGGAAUAUGAAGAAUUAAUCAAAUUGAAAAGGAGUGGCUCUAUUCAAGCUAAAAAUCUGAAAAGCAAGUUUGAAAAAAUUGGACAAUUGUCUGAAAAACAAAUACAGAAAAAGAUAGAAGAAGAACGAGCAAGAAGAAGAGCAAUUGACCUUGAAAUUAAAGAGCGAGAAGCAGAAAACUUCCAUGAGGAAGAAGAUGUUGAUAUCAAGCCUGCAAAAAAAAGUGAGGCUCCAUUUACUCAUAAAGUGAAUAUGAAAGCUAGAUUUGAACGAAUGGCUAAGGCAAGAGAAGAAGAAGAACAAAGAAGAAUUGAAGAGCAAAAGUUAUUACGCAUGCAGUUUGAACAAAAGGAAAUUGAUGCAGCACUACAAAAGAAAAGAGAAGAGGAGGAAGAAGAAGAGGGUAGCAACAUGAAUGGCUCCACCAUUGAAGAUGAAGAGCAAACCAGAUCAGGAGCUCCGUGGUUUAAGAAGCCUCUAAAAAACACAUCGGUUGUAGACAGUGAGCCAGUUAGAUUUACUGUUAAAGUAACAGGAGAACCCAAACCAGAAAUUACAUGGUGGUUUGAAGGAGAAAUAUUGCAGGAUGGAGAAGACUAUCAAUAUAUUGAAAGAGGAGAAACUUACUGUCUUUAUUUACCAGAAACCUUCCCAGAAGAUGAAGGAGAGUAUAUGUGUAAAGCAGUGAACAAUAAAGGCUCUGCAGCUAGUACCUGCAUUCUUACCAUUGAAAGUAAGAAUUAAUCACUCUUUGAAUCUAGAACUUUUAUUCUAUUUUAAAAUGUUUUCCUUUAAAAAAAAAAAUUACUUUUCUUCUCUCUUUUUUAGCUGACGACUACUAGGUCCCCUUCCCUCUCCCUGGAACACACCCUCUCUCUCCGACUUUCUUACUGCAUCCAUCCUUUCUGUGGCGGGGCCAGAAAAGGAAACUGGAAGUGCCACUAUGCUGACUUCUCUCAUUCCUUUCCCCAACAGUCUUCACAACACAAGCUCGUCUGAAAAGUACCUCCUUCCUUUUCAAAUGAGCACCAGAUUCACAUUACCCAGUAUACAUUAAUGUGUAAUUUAAUAAGGCCAAGUGGGAAAUUUACUCAAUUAUUUCUAUCAGAACCUAUACAAAGGCUGUGUAUUUCCCAUGUUUACAGCAAUUAUGUUUUAAAAAAUCAUAAAUCGGACAUAUUUUGCAUGAAAGAAUACCACUUAUAAGCUAUUCACACCUAAAAUUAGUCUGAAAUAGCUGAGUUAAGGAAUUUGGAACCUAUCGAUUUGAGUGGGCUUUUUUCCUCAGUAGUUUAUCAUUUUGGUUGUUGUAGUUUCAGAGUCUUUCUGAAGCAGAGAUAUAAGGGGGUAGGGGUGUCAUUUCUCCCUCUGUGUGGAGAAAACAAAAAAAAUUAAAGACUUUUAAGAAACAAUUGCCAGAGUAAAUCUGAUGGAAACCACUGCCUAAUACAGAGUUCUGAGUGUUGAGAAUAUCAAACGUACUUUUCAAAUGUGUGUGAUAUAUAUUCAAGCUUAUAAAGCAAAUUUAUGUUGUGACCUUGCCUGAACAAAUUAUAUUUUAAUGAGAAAACUUUGUAUUAAUAGUUCAUGCAGGAGAAAACAAUUUUAACACAAUCAAAGAUUUCAAGAUCUAGAAUUAGAUUUAGGGAAAAAUGGCACAAUCUUAAAUUUUGAGUUUUUAAAGUGAGUUUGUAAAUAAUUAGCAACCAUGUACUAAUCAAGUUGUUUUAUAUUUUAACUGUCUGGAAGACAAUUUUAUUUUACAAUGU